UCUUAACUUAAUGUAAUAAUUGUGUACAUUGAUUCGUUGUGGCAAUACUUAUUUCUCCUCCUCGUUUAUGUAAUAUCUAAUUGAGUUUCCUGUUAAAGAAUGUGUGUGUUUUACUGAAAGAAGGGGCACGAUCUCCAAUAAAUUCCGCAACUAUUUUUUUGAAGUGUAAUUGGCAAAGGGAGAAAGAGAGAACGAGAGAGAGAGAAAGAAGGAGAGAGGGGCCUACAGAAAACAAACACUACUGGCUGCUUAGGUCGGGAAGAUGCAAUCGAUAGAUCGAUUUCACAAGCUCCAACCUGGAACCUGCAUACUAUAGUUGGAGCAUUUCCCAAUUUCCCGCGUAUUCUUCUUCGUUAAAACCGGUGUAUGUAGUGAAAUUGGACAUUGCUACUGUCGGCAAGUUGUAUAUAUAUAUAUAAAAGUUCAAGACCAUCAAAAAAAGAGGGGCUUUUUGAUGCGAAAUUCGGCGGAACUUAUCAUAAGAGAAAUAGAACCAUCGAAGAACCGAUAAUCAUCUGGUUGAAGUUUGGAAGUUUUGUGAUCUAGAUGUGAUAUCAAUGAGGGAGUUUAGAUGUUUUCCGAUUGCUACCUACAGGGAUUGAUACUCGGACCAGCGGGGAUUGCUCAUCUGUUUAAUUUGUCCGUGUUGUUGUAAGAAAAAAAAGAAGAAAUGUUUCUUGGACGGUAGUUUCUCAGAAUCUCAAAAAGAUCUAUUUUUACAUACAUUUUUAAUGGAUUUAUAACUGAUCGUUAAAAUGGGGUGCCGACUAUCAAAAACUGAAAAAGAAGAGGAAACGAAGGAUUUUGACAAAUUGGAGGAAAAAACCUCAGUGCCUCAAGUUGAUCCAAGACUACCGAUUGAUGCAAGGGAGGCCUUCAAGUUGAAGCAAUCAUGGAAAGGCAUUAAACGGAAAAUAGAAGAGACAGGUGUGGAAAUGUUUAUAAGACUCUUCAAGACCAACGCCAACCUUAAGUACAUAUUUGCACACUUCAGUAAGCUUGAAACGGAGGACGACAUGAGAGAGAAUGAGGCCUUAGAACAUCACGCUACGUUCGUAAUGACAACAUUAGAUGAAGCUAUUUCCAACAUUGACAACUAUAACUACGUCAUUGACCACCUCCACCGCACGGGGGCCACACAUCAGCGUUUUAUCGACUUUAGUUCGGAAAAUUUUGGGAAAAUCAAAGAACCGUUUCUUGAAGCUGUGAAAAUUACUCUCGGAGAUCGCUACACAGAUUACAUGGCGAACGUCUACACUAAGACAAUCGACUUCAUACUCUCGGCGUUGAGUCACGGCUAUCUGGACAAGAAUCAGUGUUACGAACUGCAGUCCGCAAAAUCACCUGUAACGAGCUCCGAUCAACAGUCCACAAAAUCACCUGGAAAAUACGAACAACCCGAUCAAGUUAACGGAGUUCCGUCGUCAGACCAAAGCUGCGUUCCAAAAAUCGAAAAUAGCACAAAACCGGAGUAAAAAAAAAGAAUAACGAGCCCUAACACGACAAACAACGGAACUCGUGCCCGAUUCUGGAUGCUAAUUCUUCUUUUAUUGAGGAAACUCGGGUUUGCCCAUGAAUGCGUUGUCUAAUGUAAAAACUCAUCAUUAUCAUCAUUGGCAUCCCCCGAAGACCUGGAAUUAAGGAAUAUGUCUCAGUGGUAUACACAUAGCGAUUAAGUAAUUUGGUUAUAAUUACCAUGUGUUAUUUGUGGGAUUAAAUUGUGUAUAAUAUAAAUGU